AUGAAACCCGCUCUUCCUCGGCGACUCCUUUCAACGCCGUCGCCGUCGCCUUUCUCGCAAACGCGCAACACAUGGUCUUUCUGUAGGAGAUGCUGGACACAUCAGCGGCAGUUUCGGUCGUCUGGGAAUACAACGGCCAGACGAGCAAUUCAUUCCACUCCUCUGCGACAAUCAAAUGCACCGAGAUGGAAGAGGGGUCUUAGUCCAGGGCCUGUCGAGCCGAAAUGGAGAUUCAGGAGUCGGACCGCUAUACAACUUGCAGCUGCUGGAGGCACUGUAGGUGUUGCGUUGGUUGGGUUUUGGGAUGAUAUAAAACAUGGCUAUGCGGCUGCUGAGAGAAGUGCCAGAGUUGUUACCACUCUCGCAAUUUGCAUUAAUGACUAUCGGACAACUCUCAACCAAUCGAGUGGAUCUGCGGAGGAGCAAGAGGCGAUGCUAAAAGCGUGUCACAAACGAUGUGCAGAGCGUACGCUGGUGGUUCUCGAGAAGAACGGCUCUAUAUUCAUCAAGUUAGGCCAACAUCUGAGCAGUAUGGGCUAUCUUCUUCCGCUAGAAUGGACAACAACUUUCAUUCCUCUGCAGGACAAGUGCCCGGUUUCGUCUUUCGAGUCAAUCCAAGCAAUGUUCCUAGCGGAUACAGGAAAACCAAUUGAGGAAGUGUUUUCGACAUUCGGAACCACUCCUAUAGGCGCUGCAUCACUUGCCCAGGUCCACGUCGCAACGCUCAAGGAAACGGGUCAGAAAGUAGCAGUGAAGGUUCAGCAUCCUGUUCUAGCAGAAUGGGUGCCUCUGGAUUUAGCAUUGACUCGACUUACAUUUUCCACGCUCAAGCGGUUUUUCCCUGAAUAUGAUUUGGAAUGGCUAUCACGAGAGAUGGAUUUGUCUUUACCCAUGGAACUUGAUUUUCGGCAUGAAGCUGAAAACGCGAUGCGAACGAAGGCAUAUUUCAAGCAGCAUACCGAUAUGCCGCUGGUGAUUCCUGAAGUCAUGUCGGCUGAGAAACGGAUUCUGGUCAUGGAAUUUAUUUCUGGAUCUCGUCCCGAUGAUUUGGAGUUCCUCGACAAGAACGGGAUUGACCGUGAUGAAGUGUCAGCGGCAUUUGCGCACAUUUUCAAUGAAAUGAUCUUCGGGGACAAUGCUCCUUUGCACUGUGACCCUCAUGGCGGUAACAUCGCUAUCCGGAAGAAUGACACCCGUGGCAAACCCAACUUUGAUAUUAUUCUAUACGACCACGGCUUGUACCGAGAUAUUCCUCAGGACCUACGGCGGAAUUACGCGAAGCUGUGGCUUUCGGUGAUCGAGGGCGAUGAGAAGAAGAUGCGCAAAUACGCAUAUGAAGUUGCGGGAGUAACCGAUGAACUUUUCCCUAUUUUCGCGAGUGCAAUCACCGGUCGAGAUUUUACGGUGAUUUCUCAGAACAGAAUCGUGUCUUCGCGGGAUAAUACGCAGGAGAAGAGUAACGUCACUUCUGCUCUGGGUGAAGGGAUGCUUCAGCAAUUAGUUGACCUUCUCGGUAGAGUGCCUCGUGUCAUUCUUUUGAUUCUCAAAACGAACGAUCUCACCCGAAGCCUCGACGAGAAUCUACACACUCGUCAAGGCCCAGUGCGCACAUUCUUGAUUCUCGCACGGUACGCCACCAGAGCCGUAUUCGAAGAGCAGAUGGAAUUCGUCUCUCAGAACGGCAGUAUAUUGAAACUCGGCAAUCUGUACCGCUUCCUGUCCGCGUUCACAGCAUACAUGCGCGUGGAGUUGAAAUUGCUGGCUUAUGAGAAGUGGCUUUCUUUCAAAAGCAAGUUUGGCAUUGUAGCGUGA